CUUCGAUACAAAGCGUCGGCGGAAACGGCCCAACCUACGACACAGGAUUCGAUGUUCCGGAUCCAGACAUCAACAUCACCUCCACCUAGCUGGGAAGUUAUCCUCAGAUUGUCUCCGCAAACAGUUGAAUCAUCCUGGGGAAGCCCGCCCCCCCCCCCUGAGUGGCCACUAUGGGGGAUGACAGCGAGUGGAUGAAGCUUCCCAUUGACCAGAAAUGUGAACACAAGGUGUGGAAAGCUCGCCUGAAUGGCUAUGAGGAAGCUCUGAAGCUCUUUCAGAGGGUUGAAGAUGAGAAGAGUCCAGAGUGGGGGAAGUACCUGGGCCUAAUAAAGAAGUUUGUGACCGAUUCUAAUGCUGUGGCUCAGCUUAAAGGCCUGGAGGCCGCUCUGGCUUUUAUUGAAAAUGCACACGUCGCUGGCAAAACGACAGGUGAAGUAGUGUCGGGCGUAGUGACCAAAGUGUUCAACCAGCCCAAGGCGCGGGCGAAGGAGCUGGGCAUGGACAUCUGUCUGAUGUACAUCGAGAUCGAGAAGGCUGAGGUGGUUCAGGAGGAGCUGCUAAAAGGACUGGACAACAAGAACCCCAAGAUCGUGGUGGCCUGUAUCGAGACCAUCACCAAGGCCCUCAGUGAGUUUGGAUCCAAGAUCGUCUCUCUGAAGCCUGUGGUAAAGGUUUUACCCAAGCAGUUUGAGUCCAGGGACCAAGCUGUGAGGAAUGAAGCCAAACUGCUGGCUGUUGAGAUCUAUAAAUGGAUCAGAGAUGCUCUGAGACACUCGUUACAAAGUAUUAACUCGGUACAGCUGAAGGAGCUGGAGGAGGAGUGGGUGAAGUUGCCUCCAUCUCCACCCAAACAGACCAGGUUCCUGCGCUCCCAGCAAGACCUGAAAGCCAAGUUUGAACAACAACAAGCCCAAGGAGGAGACAACUCUGAAGGAGAGGAUGAGGAGGAAACUGCAGCAGCUGUGGAUCCGUAUGAACUUCUGGAAGCUGUGGAGAUUCUCUCCAAGGUUCCUAAAGAUUUCUACGAGAAAAUAGAAGCUAAAAAGUGGCAGGAGAGGAAAGAAGCUCUGGAGGUUGUCGAGGCUCUGACCAAGAACCACAAACUAGAGAAUGGAGACUAUGGAGACCUGGUUAGAGCACUAAAGAAGGUGGUGGGGAAAGAUGCCAAUGUGAUGUUGGUAACAUUGGCUGCUAAAUGCCUAGCUGGGCUGGCCACCAGUCUCAGGAAGAAGUUUGGACCAUAUGCAGGCCAGGUGGUACCAACCAUUCUGGAGAAGUUUAAGGAGAAGAAACCUCAGGUUGUCCAGGCCCUGCAGGAGGCCAUUGAUGCCAUCUUCCUCACAACCACACUGCAGAACCUGUCGGAGGACAUCCUGGCUGUGAUGGACAAUAAGAACCCCUCCAUUAAGCAGCAGGCCUCCUUGUUUCUGGCCCGGGCCUUCAGACACUGUACCCAGGCCACGCUGCCGAAGAGUAUUCUCAAACCUCUCUGUGCUGCCCUCACCAAGCAAGUGAACGACUCUUCACCGGAGGUUCGUGAUGCUGCAUUCGAAGCUUUGGGCACAUCCAUGAAAGUGGUCGGAGAGAAAGCGGUCAACCCCUUCCUGGCUGACCUGGACAAACUCAAGCAGGAUAAGAUUAAGGAAUGUGCCGACAAAGUUGAGCUCCCUGGAGGAAAGAAGGUCGGAGGAGGAAAAGAUGGAGGGACUGAAAAGAAGGCUGUAGCUGCUAAAGCUGCUCUUCCUGCUGAAGCUUCACCCAGAUCAUCUGUUCUCAACAAAAAGCCUCAAACUGCUCCUGCCAGCAAGCCAUCAGCAGGUCCACCCAAGAAAGUCAAACCCACAUCUGCAGCCAGUGGGAAAGCCAGAAAAGCGCCUGACACGAAAGAGUUUGUUGAGAGCGAAUUAGCGACGGAGAUGUGUGAAGAACGAGCAGCAGCUGUACUUCCUGCCUCAUGCCUGCAGCAGCUGGACUCGGCUAACUGGAAGGAGAGACUGGCCAGUAUGGAGGAGUUCCAGAGGGCUGUUGAGACCAUGGACAAGACAGAGAUGCCCUGCCAAGCCUUGGUCAGGAUGUUGGCAAAGAAACCUGGGUGGAAAGAGACCAACUUCCAGGUGAUGCAGAUGAAGCUGCACAUUGUUGCCCUUAUAGCCCAGAGAGGACAAUUUUCUAAGACUUCAGCCUCAGUGGUUUUGGAUGGCUUGGUGGACAAGGUUGGAGACAUCAAGUGUGGUGGAAAUGCUAAAGAAGGACUAACUGCCAUUGGAGAGGCCUGCUCAUUACCUUGGACUGCAGAACAGGUUGUGUCAAUGGCGUUUGCUCAGAAGAACCCCAAGAACCAGGCAGAGACUCUAAACUGGUUGGCCGAUGCCAUGAAGGAGUUUGGUUUUGCUGGGAUCAAUGUCAAAGGUUUCAUCAACAAUGUAAAGACGGCUCUGGGAGCGACCAAUCCCGCUGUACGGACAGCAGCCAUCGCGCUGCUGGGUGUCAUGUACCUCUACAUGGGAGCUCCUUUACGCAUGUUCUUUGAAGACGAGAAGCCCGCUCUCCUGGCACAGAUUGAUGCAGAGUUUGAGAAGAUGCAAGGCCAGUCCCCACCAGCUCCCAUCAAAUUCACCAAGAAGACAGUGACAGAGGAGGAAGGGUAUGAAGGUGAGGAGCAGGAAGAAGAUGGAGGAGGACAAGAUAUCAUGGAUCUGCUGCCUAGAACAGAUAUCAGUAACAAGAUCACAAUGGACUUGGUGUCUAAAAUUGGCGAUAAGAACUGGAAGAUCCGGAAGGAGGGUUUGGAUGAAACAGCAGCUAUCAUCUCUGAGGCCAAGUUCAUCACAGCCAACAUCGGAGAGCUUCCACUGGCCCUGAAGGGGCGGCUGAACGACUCCAACAAAAUUCUGGUUCAGCAGACUUUGUCCAUCCUACAGCAGCUAGCUACAGCCAUGGGACCAGGCCUCAAGCAGCAUGUUAAAGCCCUGGGAUUCCCCGUUAUCACUGUGCUGGGAGACAGCAAGCCCAACGUCCGCACAGCUGCCAUUGCCACUCUGCAAGCCUGGGUGGAGCAGACAGGCAUGAAGGAGUGGUUGGAGGGAGAAGAUCUUUCAGAGGAGCUGAAGAGAGAGAAUCCCUUCUUACGUCAGGAGGUGCUGGGCUGGCUGUCGGAAAAGCUUCCCACGCUGAGGAUGGUGCCCGGGGACCUGAUGCUGUGCAUUCCCCAGCUCUACGCCUGCCUUGAGGACAGAAACGGAGAUGUGCGGAAGAAGGCCCAGGAUGCCCUCCCCACUUUUAUGAUGCACCUGGGAUUCGAGAAGAUGACUAAGGCCACCGGGAAACUCAAACCUGCUUCGAAGGAUCAGGUGGUGGCCAUGUUGGAAAAGGCCAGGACAGUGAUGCCAGCGAAGCCCACUGCUCCUGCCAAAGUGGGAGGAGGGAAGAGUUCUGCAGAACCAAACAGGCCAGGACCAAGGUCUCAGCCGGUCAUUGAAGAUGGUCUUGAUGGAAAAUGUGAAGCUAAGAAGGUUCGAGGAAGCGCGGCUACUAAGAAGCUCCCCUCCCCACCCGAGGACUCUUCCCCUCCCCCUCCCUCCAUGGACAACAACAGUAAUGCUAGUAAAAAGCCCCCCAGCAAAGGAAAGACUGCAGCUGGCAGUCAGCAGGGUGCAGCCAGUAAGAAACUUGUGUCAAAGGCUCUGAAGGAUGAUGAGGACAAGUCUGGGCCCAUCUUCAUCCACAUCCCCAACGCCAAGGAACAGCGGAUCAAGGAAGAGAAGCAGCUCAAGAUCUUGAAAUGGAACUUCCUGACUCCUCGUGAUGAGUAUGUGGAGCAGCUGAAAGCUCAGAUGUCCACCUGCCUGGCCAAGUGGCUCCAGGACGAGCUCUUCCACUUUGACUUCCAGAGACACGUCAAAGCUAUCGGAGUCAUGAUAGAGAGGUUGGAAAGUGAGAGUGAAGCCACCAUCAGCUGUCUGGACCUGGUCCUGAAGUGGUUCACUCUGAGGUUUUUCGACACCAACACCACAGUAAUUAUGAAGGUGCUGGAGUAUCUGAAGCUGCUCUUUGCCAUGCUGAACAGGGAUAAUUAUCACCUCACUGAGUAUGAAGCCAACUCCUUUGUCCCCUACCUCGUACUGAAGGUUGGCGAGUCAAAAGAUGUGGUUCGGAAAGAUGUCCGGGCAAUUCUCACCAUGCUCUGUAAUGUCUAUCCGGCAUCAAAGAUCUUUCCUUUCCUCAUGGAUGGAACAAAGUCCAAGAACUCCAAACAGAGAGCUGAGUGUCUGGAGGAGUUGGGCUGUUUGAUCGAAGGCUAUGGGAUGAACGUAUGCCAGCCGACUCCUGCUAAGGCCUUGAAAGAAAUUGCCAUUCACAUCGGUGACCGGGACACAUCUGUCCGCAACGCUGCCCUGAACACAGUGGUGGCUGUCUACAACGUCUGUGGUGACCAAGUCUACAAACUGAUAGGAAACUUAUCAGAGAAAGACAUGAGUAUGCUGGAGGAGAGAAUCAAGCGCUCGGCUAAAAAGGCUCCCUCAGCUCCAGCAAAGCAGAGUGCGUCAGAACGACCACCGAGAGAACACCCAGCCAACCCCAGCGCCACCUUCCUCCGUAAGCCAGCCCAGGAGGAUCCCAACAAACUCAAAAUCAUGUAUCGCACGUACAGGAUCCAAGCUCGCCAGAAUGCACAUCACAGCGAGUCAGCCCACCCGUCCAUCCCCAAGGAGUUCCAAUUAGACCUGGACAUGAUCGAGACGGACCAGAGCCGAGUCAGUGAGCUGCCAGACCUCGUCCAGCACAAGCUGGAUGAGCUGUUGGAGCCCAUCAUGAUCCCUGAACCCAAGAUGCGUUCUGUCUCUCCACAUUUUGAUGACCUACACAACAGCACGGCCUCCACCAUCAACUUUGUCAUCUCCCAAGUUGCCAGUGGAGAUAUUAAUACGAGCAUUCAGGCGCUUGCACAGAUAGAUGAGGUUUUACGGCAGGAGGACAAAGCAGACGUCAUGUCGGGGCACAUUGACCAGUUCCUGAUCGCCACUUUCAUGCAGCUUAGACUCAUCUACAACACGCACAUGGCUGACGACCGCCUGGACAAGAAGGACAUCUUCAAACUCUAUAGCUGCAUCAUAGGAAACAUGUUGUCUUUGUUCUCUAUGGAGUCCCUGGCGAGGGAGGCGUCUAUGGGUGUGCUGAAGGACCUGAUGCACGGGCUGAUAACACUAAUGUUGGACAGCAGAGUAGAAGAUUUUGAAGACGGGCAGCAGCUGAUCAGAUCUGUCAACCUGCUUGUUGUCAGAGUUCUGGAGAAAUCUGACCAGACCAACAUACUCAGUGCUUUGCUGGUUUUGCUUCAGGACAGUUUAAUCACAACAGCUGGUUCCCCCAUGUUCUCAGAACUGAUCAUGAAGUGUCUGUGGAGGAUGAUCCGCUUUCUUCCAGAGACCAUCAACAACAUCAAUCUGGAUCGGAUCCUCCUGGACGUCCACAACUUCAUGAAGGUUUUCCCCAAAGAGAAACUCAAACAGCUCAAGAGUGACAUCCCCCACAGAACGCUGAAGACGCUCUUACACACAUUGUGCAAACUGACGGGGGCCAAGAUCCUGGACCACCUGUCAAUGAUAGAAAACCGUAAUGAGUCAGAGUUGGAGGCUCAUCUGAGGCGGGUGGUCAAACACUCUGGGAACCUGUCUGGACUCAAGACUGACCGAGGCAAUGAGAAGUCUGGCCUUCGCAUGGAGGAUCGGAUGUCAAAGGCUAAAGUAAGUGACAUUCUGUCUGAAAUCUUUAAGAAGAUCGGCUCCAAGGAGAACACCAAAGAGGGUUUGACAGAGUUAUAUGAAUACAAACAGAAGUACUCGGAUGCAGACCUGGAGCCCUUCCUUAAAAACACCUCACAGUUCUUCCAGAGCUACGUGGAGCGAGGCCUUCGAAUGAUCGAGUCUGAGAGAGAGGGCAAAGCUCGCAUCCAGACCUCAGUGAUCCCUCAGCACACUGGGGAGUCCACCAUCAGCAGUAACAAUGAAGAGCUGAAACCAGCUGUUUACUACGAGAGACUGAAGAUCCUCCGACAGAGACAAGGCCUGGAAAACAAUUCAAGGGUGCAGCAGGGUGUUGGUGAGGAGGAGCCGCAGCAGCGACCUCCUAUCUCCUCGCUGCUGUCGUCCAAGCCGUCGGUGGCCUCCUCCACUGACAUGCUCCAGAGCAAGUUGUCGCAGCUCAAAGAGUCCCGGGAGCUGUACCAGCAGGAGCACAGCGCGCACUCCCCGCUGCACACCCGCUCCGCCUCGCCCUCCGCCAACCUGGACGACCUGAAGAAACGGCUGGAGAGGAUAAAGAGCAACCGGCAGUGAGACCACAUGAUCUCUGCUGCCACCCUGUGGAAGCCUUCAGCUGAUAGCAGGAAGUCGCUUGAAGCACCGUGCACUAAUCCCACCCCCAUGUUAAUGGAAAAAAAUACAACAAACAGCAGCGAGCAGCACAUCUGCCGCACAGUAACAAGUAUCUUUGUUUUAGUUGUACAGAGGCAGAAAAGUAAAAACCCUCUUACAUACAGGGAUUGAUUUUCUGGGCGGAGUCACUGAGGCCGCGGCGUCCUGAGCUCAUAAUGUGGUUUCAGCUGUGGUCUCAGGGUGUGACCUAUGACCUCACUGUGACUUCAUGAUGCUGCACGCAUCCAGUCAUCACAAAAGCAAAAGGUUCCUGUCUGCUCUGUAUAUCUCAAUAAAGCAGCAAAGCCGUGCAUCGCGGCUCUGUGCCCGGUCAGGAAGUGUUUGUGUGCUAAUAACAGUGUAAUAACCUCCCUGUGUGUUUUACGUGGAUUCAGGUCAUUCAUCAUUUUACUGUCGGCUGGUUGCAGCUGCUCACUGUUAGAGGCUGUGCCCACACACUCGUCUGGCACUUUAGACUCUGUCAAACCUGAGGCUGAAUGAGCAUUUGUGUUUAUGAUGUCACGGACAUGUUGCCGCUGCAGACUCCUCUGGCUAAAUCUCGCUGGGAGACUGUUUUAUGGACGGUACGUCGACAAGCUGCUGCAACGCUGCGGAACCAGGAAACGCAGCAGCACUUCGUCCAGCACAUAACGACAGAUCAAAGCACCAUAGCCUGUGAUGUCAUAAUGACCACCAUGAGUCUGUUUAAUCUGGCUCAGCUCUGUGUGCAGAAAAUGUAAUUUUUACAAGUCUCCACCCCCCAAAAGAAGGAAACAAACCCUAAACUGUGACUGAAAUAAACAGCCAGGUCCACCACACGUCAGAUUACUAAAGUAAUCUGAUUACGUACGUAUACUCAGUUCACUUAUAUUUAUUUAUUUUUCUUGAUGCAGUUGGAUUUAAAGUACUCCACAAUGUUUGACAGUAAUUUUUUUUAAAUGUUCAAACUUUAAUCAGUUUUUUUAAUCUGUAAUCUUGCUAAAUGCAUUAUCUUCUUGGUGCGCUCGCAGUGUUGUGCUCCCACAAAGAUGACGAAAAUAAAAUCCACUUUCAGGACUUCGUGUUUGCUGUGUGCGUGAAAACACUGCAGUGCUCCACAGUGCCCCCUGUGGUGUGGUGGACUUCAUCACUGUGCACAUUUCAGCUGUGUUCAGUUAGCAUGCUAGCUCAGAUGUCACCUCUGUGGUGCAUGUGACUGAUGACUUUUCCAACACGUGGCGUCUGAUUAACUGAUAAAACUUUUCUUCAGAUUCUGUUGAUUUAUAAAUUUUCCGACACAAAUGGUUUCCCUGAUGGGCUUUGAAGGUUUACACAGGUGUUGGCUUAGGUUCGUGUUUGUUUUAUCGAGUCCAGAUUCUUUAUUUUUCCAAUCACUAAUAAUAACAAUAAUAAUGAUUUCCUCGUUGUUCGUCAGGCAGCAGAGCUCUCAAGUCGCACUCUGAAUGAGUGAGACUUGCGUUAAAGUGGUCCUGUCAGGUCUCACGCACUCGGCGUGAGACUCAACAUGCUGUCAUGCUCUCAUGCUAAUGCCUGACAUUCUCCAACAUUUCACCGCUGGGAGCUGCAAGACGAGAUUCGGUGGAAAAUAACUCCUGUAUCCUGUAUCUCAACGUGAGAGCUCUGCACUCUGCACCACAUGGUGAAUUGCUGCACUGCAUGGCAACUCACCAUGCUGCAUGAUGCCACACUGCGCCACAUGGCAAUGCACAGUCUUUGUGGUUGGGAUUAAAUGACCUGUCGUCACUGUGUUCACAUGCACACACUUUGGCGCAUGCACCUCCUCACCACCAGGUCUGUGUGUUUGUGGUACAAAAGGCUUCCUGAAGGAUUUUUUGUGUUUGUCAUGUAGAUGAACAGCGCGACAAACGCGUUUCUCCCACGCUGUUCAAACUGACCUGUAAACCGCCCGUCCCUCGCUUUCUGACUUUAGAAGGAAUUAUUCAACACAUGGAAGCUAAGCUAGCGUAGCAUAGCUAGCUUCGACAUCAUUCUGUCAGAGCAGCUUUGUGUUGCAAAUAAACUGAGCGCCGUCACACCCGCUUGGUGCAGCAGAAGCGUUCUGAACUGUUGGAAGAUGACUUGAAUGUGAUUAACUGAAUUUGUGUCCAAACGGCUAAUGAAGAGCCGCUGGCUUCCUGCUCCACAGGAAACUGAUUUCUGAUUUCAGCCAGUCAGAAGAGAGUCAGCUGGUUUGUGUGUAAAUACGUCCUGAUGCCUUCAGUAACACCCCGUGUCGACCAAACUCUGAAUUAUUACGACUCUUUAAUCUGUAGGGUUAAAGAGCGCCGCAUGAAGUGUUUUGUUUAUUGUUUUUCCCCUCCUGUAAAUAAAGUUUGCAUUACUUAAAGCUGCUUAAUGACCUUACGGUGAUGGUCUGUCAAUCAUCUGGUCUGUAGCUGAAUGUUGAGUAAAGGGAAAAAAACAUUUUGUAUUUGAGUCAGACAUCAGUAGUCUUUUGUUGGUGCUUCAGUUUUUCUUGUAUAAUCCGUAGUGGAAAAUGGCAAUAAAAUGUUUUUUUUUUAACAAUC